UUUUUCUAAUUUCAAUAUUCGUCUCUAUUCUCUAAAAAAUCGUGAUCUUUACUUCUUGAAUAAUCAUUGUGACAAAUACUUUAUAUUAUUCUAUAGGAAUUCGAGUAUUUGCGCUUUUUCAGUGUAAAGUACGAAUAAUAAAUAUUUAAGAAGAAAAGCAAUGAAUGAUUCAAGGAGAAAACUCCCGUGAAAGUGUUUAGAAAGUUUAGGCAGAUUCUGCAAGAAAUCAGGAAUGCUUUCCGUCUUGUUCUUACUAGUUAUAUGUAUAUGCAAUAACUUCGAUACAACUUUUUGUAAGGAAGAUACACAUGGCCAAGAAGUGCUUUUGUGUCGGAAAUGUGGCACUGAUUUGGUGGACUCAUACUAUUUAUUCAAUAAAUUAAGUCCAGGUGCCAAUAAAGUAGAAAAACAGAGCAUGUUUGGAAAAGAGAAUGUUACUGUACAAACACUAAUUAACCCCUUUGGAAUUAAUUUUGAAAUAAUUACUAGUGAAAAAGCAAAGUGUAAAAACAUUGGACCUAGUCAAGGUGCUGAUUCGUGGUUUCCAGGAUAUACUUGGCAAAUUUGUGUUUGUCCACACUGUGGACAGCAUAUAGGUUGGACAUUCACUAGAUCAGAGUCAAACUCUAACAUUGAAGAUGGUAUGAAUUCAUUCCACGGCUUGAUAUUAAAAAACAUCCUUGGCGAAAAUUUUACAGACUCCCUGAUAAUGCUGCCGAAAAUUUAUAACAUGUAAACAGAAAACCUACAGUGACAAUUAUUGAUUUUUAUAGUUUUUUAAAUAAUAUAUGGUGUAUUAGAAAGA